UUCAAUUUUGUUUGCCAUAGAAUCAUUGAAACAAGGGAUGAGACGAUUAGAUCGUUCUUAUUUCGAUGAUCAAAUAAUAAGUACAGAUAGCGAGGCCAUUAAUAGUAUACGCCGUAAAGAGCGACAAGUGUUGGAUCCAGCAGGCAUACAAUCCGAAAUGCACCGAAUAUCAUCCAUGGCUUCUAUAUCAACAGAUGAAGAUCAGUUGCAAACAACUUCCAAAAAAAAAACAGCUAAAAGUUCAUCUCACACUACACUUCUCCCAAUUAAAGAGGGCGAAACUACUAUUGAUCUACAAUCAUUCAAAGCUGUACUGGAAGAUGCGUUGCAAAACCAGACAGCAAUAAUUAAGAAUGUUAUUGCAUCACACACAAAAAGUAUUCAAUAUGAUUUGAAGAAAAAACUAGACGAAAUUAAAAACUCUUUGGUUGUGAAUAAUAUGUCAACACAACCUUGUCAUAAUGUCACGAAAAUAAAGCAAAGCUUAGGAGUUGUAUUACCAUUGGAAAAUAAUGAAGAAUUUGUGAAACUGGAUGUAUCUUUAAAGAAAAAUCCAUCAACGAAAGAAUCCUUGAUGGCUCUUUAUCGUGUCAUUGCGUUCGGGGAGAAGGAUGUAAAAGGAUGCAUUGGAAAAAUUAUGGCAGCAACUCUAUCAAAAAACGUUCAGUUAAUGUAUUCAGGAACAGGGAAAACUGUACACGGUGUUGGAAAAUUAAACUUCCGUAACACCAACGUUUUUCUAUGUUUAAAAGGUACUUCAUACAUGCUCUUAUAUAUUAUUAAUUGAAUUAAUUCCAACAUCUGAUCGAUCUGUUCUUGUUUUUAUAGAUUACAUUGUAGAAAAAUUUGGAGAUGUUCCAGAACUAAAAAAUUUUGCAGGCCUAGUAGGCCGUUGGCUAUCUGGAG